AAAAAAAAGUAAUCAAACUUUAGGGCAAAAUCUCAAAAAGAUGUUGAAACAAAUCGGAAAUCGAGUUUCCGGUGUAUCGCCGGUGAACCUGUGGCGGUGGCGGCAGCUAUAUCACUACAAUGAUCAUCGGAAUGUUGGUAAGGGUGUUGCCGGAGCUCCGGUUUGUGAGGAUAUGAUGAAACCUCAAAUCAAAAUCGAUGAUGAGAUGAGGAAAUGGAUGGAAGAUUAUUUUAAGGGUGGUAUUCCCUGUAUAAGUCUUGUCGCAUAUCAGCCUAAUGCGAAGAUGAUAGUGGAUGAAAAGACGGGGAAAAUCGUAAAUAUAGUUGGUUUAGAGACUAAUGUUGCUUAUUCCUACUUCGUUAGAGGAGAUAGGAAACCAUUUUUCCAUCGUCCACCUGUUCGAUUGCAGUAUGGCAGGAUGCUUGCUGACGAUGCAAUUACGGCUGCUCUGAAGGAUUAUGAAGCGAAGAAGACAAGCUUCAGUGACCAUUCAAAGAAUGCAGUUGAUGCUUGAUUUACUAGUUGAUGAACUUAAAAGUCUUUCGUGCAAGGAACUCGAAUGAAAAUCAGGGUUAUAUGUGUAUGUAGUGUCUGUUGGAUUCUCAUGAAUGUUAAAUUAGCUCUAUGACUGUUUGGUGUAUCGUAAAUUAUGUGAACAUAUUACAGUUAAUUGCUAGGGUGAUUCAAUGUGUUGUUAUUUAUGGAUUGA